UUGGGUGGAACAUUUCAGAAAUUCUUACUCAUUAUAUAUGCUUAAUUUUUAUUUAGAUACUUAAAUAAAACGAAUUUAACUAUAUAGUUUACACAGACAUAUGAUAAAAUUUAAAAAUUAAUUAUUCUUGUCUUUGAACAUAUAAAUACAAGGAAAUUCAUAAAGUUUUCAUCAUUUUUGUUGUAACUAUAAUAUUAUACGCGUUUACAAAUUUGUCAAUAUUGAUUCUGAAAAACAAAUAUUUGAAAAACAUGAAGUAUUUGAAAGCUAUUCUUUUAUUAGUUGGUAUUGUUAUUGGCUAUAUUUCGUAUGCAACCGCCGAGAAAGAAGAAUUUCAUAACAUAACUUAUACUGAAUUGAAAUUGUUUUGCAAAUUGAAGGGUCAUAUGCUAACUGAAGCACGUGAUAUAUCAAAUAAUCUUCGUAACAAUUUUACAGGAAAUUGUACAGAUUUUAAUCAUCAAAAAAAGAUUAAAGAUUUAGUUAAUGAAAUAUUGCCUUGUUUGGAUAGUGAUGAACAGCCAAACGAAACUGAAUUGGAAUCAAUUUAUAGAGAGAUUACGACAAAAUUAUGCAUUCACUAUGAAUUUGCCAAUUUUAAGAAGAAAAAUGAGAAUUGUUUUAAAACAGAUACUUUAGCCCAUCCAUGUUUGCUUAAAAAUUUUAUAACCUUUAGACCCAAAUUUAACAAACUCUUCUCGACAUUGGCAAUGACUCAUACACAUGAAGAGUGCAACUUUCUCAAAGUCAAACUGGCGUGUUUUUCAAAUAGGAAUGUAACUGAUUGUGCUCCUCAACUUCAAAUCCAACGUGAAAAUUUAAUUGAAAAGUAUGAAUUAAAUUUAAAGUGUGCCUAAAAAUUUUUUUUAUUGUGUACUUUAUGAAUUUUUUUUCCUUUAAAAAUUAUUAAAAUCACGGUUGAGAAAUAAAAACUUUUUGAGCUAUAA